AUGGCCAGCACGAAUGGCGCUCUCACGCCGCCUGUGGCCUCGAAACCUCCGACUUCACCAUCAACCAACGGCGAGCUCAAGCGAAAGCGCGAAGAUGAAGAGCCGGCGAGCGCAGAAGCCGCACCGGCAAGCACCAACCAAACGCAGAGGGACAUGCUCGACAUCCUGCAACCAAACGAUACGACACCUUCCUUUCUUCAGCACGUGAUCGACGGCCGGAACGAAAAGGAGCGCCCGACGAAGGCAGCCAGACUGUCCGAGGCCGACAGCAGCGCGAACACAAUUGCUUCCAAACUGGCGAGCGGCGCAUACCCGAAUCUUACUGUCCUGUACGAAGAUGCCGAGUAUGUGCGACAGGGUAUGAUCACUGCGAUUCGCAAAGAGGCCAAGGACCGAGGAGAGGAGCGCAUGUCUAUUGAGGAUCUCAAGCGGAUACAACGUGUACAGGCAUUUGCGCAAGUCAUCGCCAACGCUGUGGCACAAGAGGUUCGAUAUGAGGCCGUGCAUGGCGUCCCCAAGAUCAAGGAAGAACAGCGCGAUGUCAAUGGAUACAAGAAGGAUGAGUCUACAAGGGACGGCGGACAAGGCGGCAACGUGCUCACCUUAUUUGGCAACGCACCGACCCCGAAGCAGCUGUUCUCCUCUACGCAGCGACCGCUGAAUGGGACGCGAGACAACAUCAUCAAGACAGAGCUCCCGGUCGAAGAGAUGAGCUUACCCAACGGCCUGACUGCGACCAAAAUCAUGCCUUUGCCUGCAGACGACCAAACGUCAGGACCUACCUUUGAGGACGUCUUCGCACCACCUUUCAACUUGCCGCAAUUGCAUCCACCGAAAGCUCAGAAACGGUCCACCACGCGUGACAACACGAUGAUGUGGGAGUUCAAAGACCCAGUGUCAAGAGCCAACCGCAAAGGUGGAUACACUACACAAAGCCAAACAGUGGCCGACUGGCUGGGAUACGGAGGCGUGGAUGGGAAGGAAGAGCCAUCGUCUCCGCGAGAAAAGCGCAAGCAGCGGGACAGAGCUUUAAGCGGUGGAGAGAGCUCAGAUGCUGUGCUUGACAAAGACUCAAUCGCGGAAGCUGCAGCCAAAGAGGAAGAGGCCUUGUUCAGAAGAGCGUACUCAAGCUUCGCCCCAUCUUGCGAUAACAGCCGUGCGCUAGUCUCUGAGGAGACGAAGAGUAUGAUGUGGUGGAGCAAGAUUGGUGAGCGCCGAUAUCAAGGGACUUUCGCCAUUGAUCCGGCACUUUUGGACGACCGGCCAUCUGACUAUCUCAAUGAACCCGUCCUGGUCGGCGCGAAGAACGAGUUGGAAGAGUUUGGUCGAGUCGUGGAGGAGCUGGAAGACUUGGACGGAGACUUGCAGCCAGCGGAGCUAGUCCGCGACAAGACCGAUGUCGAACAGGUUCUGCAACAGAUAUCAGCACUCUUGGAAACCCUGGCUUCCCACCAACGGAUACGCACGGCCUCCUUCCCGUCCUCAUCAACAGCCUCUCGUACGCCCAUCAGUCCAGCUCCAGUGCUAUCUUCUCGGAUCGGCCGUCCAGACUCCCCUGCUGAAGACGAGGUGACGAUGUACCAUUCCAUCCGCCGAGAGCUCGCAUAUCUGAUACUGAAGCUUCCACCUUAUGCCGUGGCCAAGCUCGACGGAGAUCAGUUGGCCGAUCUUGGGAUCAGCAAGUCCCUUCCGUUUGACGCCAAGGACAUCAAGGGUACGAUGGAGGAGGAUCAAGCGACAAGAAUGGCGAAACACAAUGCGUUGCAGACAGCGGCUGGGAUUGCAUCUCUAACCCGGUCAGGUUCUAACAACAACCAACACUACAGUAGUACGAGUCAGAGGACGCCCGCCAUCGGCCAAGCUGCAAACACUCGCUAUGGGACACAGUACGGCGCUUCUAGGACGCCGAUGCAACCGUCUUUCCAGCGCUCGACCAGCAACCAGUCGACGACGUAUGGCACGCCAGGUGUCGGCGCGCCACGGCCGGGGUAUGGUCAACAGCCCAACCAAUACUCGCGCCCACCUUCAUCGUCGUAUGCUCUACCGAACGGUCAGCAGGGAUACUACCGUGGCGGGCACCAGACGUUCAGCACACAUAGCGGCUAUAACCAGCAAUAUCCAUCAUCGACGCCGCAGACCCAGCAGCGAUCAUAUUCGUCGUCCCAACCACUGGCGCAAUACCAGCAACGCGCAGUAAACGCGGCCGCAUACCAGUCUGGUCAACACCGUACCGCGUCGCCCAUUAAGCCUGCAGGUCUGCAGCCUAUUAUGCAGCCACAGCGUCCUCAGCAAUAUCAAUCAGGUCAACCAGAAUCUGGAAGAGGGACACCAGUCAGCUAUCCCUCCCAGCCUCCCACUCCCGUCAACGGCUACCAGCAGCGUACUCAAGCAGUAGCACCACGGGAGUCGAGCGAGACCCCUCAACCGAUCGCGCCAGCGCCUCACCCUCUCAACCAGCCAGCCCAACCCAACGGAUACAAGUGA